UAUAACUCCUCUGUUCAAGUUGUUUUCCCCCGUUGGCCGUCACGUCGAUUCAGGUUGUGCAACCACCCAUAUCUUGUUUCCUUUGGGUACCCAUCCGUUGGCUUACCGCACAUCGCACGGCUCGAGACCUUCUUAUAAGAACUGCCUAAGCAUUGUAUCUCUAAAUAUCUGUUCCGGUUGCGGGCGAACAUUACAUAAUGGAGCAGCAGCCCCCUAGUCAGUUACAGCGAGCGGCUUUAACAGACGAAACACAAAAUGGCUCAAGUCCAUGCUUGCUAACUGUCAUGCAAGCAGUCCCUCGCCUUUGGGGCUAUUUUCGACACUCGGAUGCAACCAGGAUGAGCUCCAUCUGCAAGUUGGCACGCAGCCUGCACGCCGUAGAGUGCCAAAGGCUUCUAUUUCGUGGGUGCAGCUUGAAAGGCAUCCGCGGCAGCAGACGCGGCCCCAGAAAAGAGGUUCACAUGCAGCUGCUAUUGGAAUUCAUGAGUAAUCGAGGCUACCGACCCUCAAAUGUUGAAGUCCGCUGCGAUCUCAGCUUGAUUGCAGGUCCUCUCAUCACGCCACUCACCCAGGCCUACGGCGCCCGCCUUACCUCCUUAUCCCUUCACCUGGCUGAUCCCCACGAUAGCAGCUCCUCCCUUGGGCUCCCCUUCGGACCCGCCGAUUGGGCCGCUACUGCUGCGGCCGCCCUGCCCCAGCUCGUCUCGCUCUCCCUCCACACGAAUUCAACCGCCGAGGAGAAGUCCGCAGAACCCCUGCUGCAGGCGCUAGCGCCCCAGCUGAGGUCCUUGUCCUGGGGCUGUUGCUGGGUACGGCGGCUGCGGGGAGCUGUACUGCAGCGCAUGACGGGGCUGCAGCACCUGGCGUUGGAUUCGACAGUCUCGAGCCCAUACGAAGAUGAUGACAACGCGGGGAGGGGAGUCGCCCCCGCCUGCGCCGCCGCCCUCGCCAGCCUCACCUGGUUGCGAUCCCUGCACCUCACCUCCUGCUGCGAAGACAACUACAACGCGCCCGACGAUGCGGCACGCGAACUCGCACCGCUGUCAGCUCUGACGGGCCUUACAUGCCUGGUCCUCAACACACCCGUUCCUUGCUCGGACACGACGUACGCGCCCUAUCCCACGGAGAGAGUGGGCUGCUUCUACUUCUACUCCUGGCGCGUGUCGCCAAUCCUCAGCGGCAUGCGCGCCAGCUUGGCGGCACUGGAAAUGCCUGCGAUUAAUGUUCGUGUGGAGGACCUCUUACAGAUGACGGACUUGGUUGGCCUUACGAAGCUAUACUGCCAACAUGUGGCCACGCCGGCACUUUCGGUGUGCGCGAAGCACGGUGAUGGUGGUGGUGGUGGUGGUGGUGUCGGCAACGGCGGCAACGUGCUAGGUGUAGGAAAGGGCGCAUCAGUUGGCGGAUUUCCGCUGGUGCCGCUGCCGCCUAACUUGAGAGUGCUGAAGGUCCACUCCCUGCCCACCCUGCACCUGGCUGCCAGCCUCGCCCUCGCGCCCAGCCGACCCAGACUGGUGCUGGGACCGGAUGUACCGGAGGAGCUGACCAAGGAAAGCUUCACCGUCUUGUACGGCUACCCAGCCGAGGUAGAAUCCCAGCUGGCCCUCUUCGGUGGGUUGGCCGUGCAGCAUGGGUUUACAUUACCGCCGGCGGCAGCGGUGGCGGCAGCAGCGGUGACAGCUGCAAUGGAUGAUGAUGCCCAAGACAACGAGAUCGGCGACGCUGGCGGCGUUAGUGUCAAUGUCGACAAUGACGAGGGCGGCAGCACCACCGCUGCUAGCGUUGUACGACCGUGGCACGUGGAGAUGGUGGAUCUGGGUGCGCGGGUGAUUGCGGGCGCUGCGGAGGAGUAUGUAGCACGCAACCGCAGGCCGGUGCCGCAGGCCUUGCGGGACCAAGCGGCGGCCGAUGAGGCGGCGGCAGCUGCGGCAGUGACGAGGAAGGGCAACCCGUCCGUAUGGAUUAACCCGGUGCCACGGCUGUUCGACAUUGAGCCAAGUGUACGAAUAAACAGGCUGGCGGUGUACGAAGGCUACCAUCGAGUACGGCGGAGAGAGGCAGGGCCCGAUGGCGGCGAGGGAGACGACCCCGGUUUCAACGAUGAUGGCAUUGAAGACGACUUGUACGACGACCAUGAUCACAUGUACGGCGGUGGCGGUGGUGGCGGCGGCUACGGCUUUGCUUUCCGUGUGUACAGCCUUUCCGCGAUGAGUCGUCAGCGCCGGCGCGGGCAGCCGGUGCCGGGUUGGGAGGUGGAGAGCAGGCGCGACAAACGGGGACGGGUGCGCGGUGCGCAUGCGGGUUGGCUUGCUGCGCUGGCUCCGCUGCGUGGCUUGAUGGGGGCGGUCAACAUGGCCGAUGUGGAGCUGGGGCCGGGACACCUGAGGGUGCUGCUUGCGGCGUGCCCGGGCGUUGUGGUCGAGACUGGUGUCGAUAAGGAGGAGAAGGAGAUGCGUCUGGUUAUGAACGACAGGAAGGCCGUCAAGUAGGUGUCAAGCCUUGCACGGAAGUGCUGAAUCCUGAGGAAGCUGGAGUCAGGGAGCGGCGUGGUCCAUACAUUUCAAGCGGAGGGGUGACGCGCGGGGGCUUAGGAAGGCGUCAUACGCUGCGAGCGUCCAGUCUUUCACGCACGUAAGCGUGCGCUUGCUGUGUAAAAGAUGUCUUCAAGAAAGCAGCAGUGGGCAGCAGCAUGUCAGCAGCAGGAGCAUGUACGGCUGGAAAGUGAUUAAUUCAGUUUGUGCGGUCAUGGUAAUGGCAGGUGUUGUAGCGUGUCUUGUGGGGCAACGACGGCAUGUGUAUUUCCAAUGCGUUGUGAAUCCGCAAGCCGGCAUGAGGCGAUAAUGGCGUGCUGAAGCGAGGGUGUUCACGGGUGGCUGGAGGAAAGGCCGGAGCAUGCCAGCAGAGUGGCAAGGGAGGGGACGUCACGACUGGGAGUAACUGUCAGCAAGGCUUUGGGAAAGCUGUCUUUACAGACAUAGACGGCAUGACACCUACAUCCUUUUCAAGCUGAUAUCCCGCCCGUUGGCCGCCGCUAUCAGGUUAACUGCUUAUACCGGUAGCUGGUUUCCUGGUUACGUAGGCAUUUCUCACGUUGCAUAGGUCUAUAAAUGUUUAUGGCAACUGCCGAAGUAGAGAACCUGUAAGCAUCCCUUCCGGUUGAGGGAAGUUACAUACAGCAUGGAGCAGCAGCCUCCUGGCCAGUUACAGCGAGAGGCUCUAUCAGGCAAAGGACCAACUGGCGCAGGUCCAUGCUUGCUUACUGUCAUGCAAGCGGUUCCUCGUCUUUGGGACCAUUUUCGCCCGUCGGAUGCAACCAGGAUGAGCUCCAUCUGCAAGUUGGCACGCAGCCAGCACGCCGCAGUUUGCCAGAGACUUUUCUUUCGUGGGUGCAGCUUAAAACAUUGCAGCGGAAAGAAACGCGCCCAAAAGAAAGAGCGUCAUAUGCAGCUGUUAUUGGGAUUCAUCAGUAAUAAUCGAGGCUACCGACCCACAAAUGUUGAAGCCCUCUGCGACUCCUGCUUGACGGCAGGGGCUCUCAUCACGCCACUCACCCAGGCCUUCGGCGCCCGCCUCACCUCCUUAUCCCUUCACCUGGAUGAUCCUCGAGAUGGCAGCUCCUCCCUUGGGCUCCCCUCAGAACCCGCCGAUUGGGCCGUUACCACUGCGGCCGCCCUUCCCGCUCUCGUCUCGCUCUCAAUCCAUACUCCUUCAGCCGCCGAGGAUGCAUUAGCCGAGGCGCUUCUCCAUGCGCUAGCGCCCCAGCUGAGGUCCCUGUCCUGGGGCUGUUGCUGGGUACGGCGGUUGCGGGGAGCUGUACUGCAGUGCAUGACGGGGCUGCAGCACCUUGCGUUGGAUUCGACAAAGUCGUGCCCAUACGAAGAUGAUGAGAGCGCGGAGCCGGGAGUUGCCCCCGCCUGCGCCGCCGCCCUCGCCAGCCUCACCUGGUUGCGAUCCCUGCACCUCACCUCCUGCUUCGAAGACAAUUACAACGCGCCCGACGAUGCGGCUCGCGAACUCGCACCGCUGUCAGCUCUGACGGGCCUUACAUGGCUGGUCCUCAACACGCCCGUUCCUCACUCGGACACCACGUACGCACCCUCUUUUACGGACACGACGGGCUGGUUUUACUUCAGCUCCUGGCGCAUGUCGCCAAUCCUCAGCGGCAUGCGAGCCAGCUUGGCGGGACUCGACAUGCCUUCGCUGGGUGUUCGUGCGGAGGACUUUCUGCUGAUGGCGGGCUUGGCAUGCCUCACACGUCUGUCCUGCCGCCGUGUGGCCACGCCAGCGUUCUCAGUGUGCAUGGAACGUGGCGAUUGUGGCGCCGGCAGCGACGGCAACAGCCCAGGGUUUCCGCUGGUGCCGCUGCCGCCUAACUUAAGAGUGCUGAAGGUCCACGCCCUGCCCACCCUGCACCUGGCUGCCAGCCUCGCCCUCGCGCCCAGCCGACCCAGGCUGGUGCUGGAGCCGGAUGUACCGGAGGAGCUGACCAUGGAGAGUUACACCUAUCGGUAUCACGGACGUUACGGCGGGGUAUCGUCACCACUGGCCCUGUUCGGCGGGUUGGCCGUGCAGCAUGGGUUUACACUGCCCGCCGGGGCGGAGGCGGCGCCGGCGCCAGCGGCUGUGGCGGCGUCAGUCGUAAAUGACGUCAACAACAACGGUAAUGCAAUUGGCGCCGGCGACAAUGGUGGCUCUAGCAGCGCUAGCGGCGGGGUGGACAACGAGGGCGGCAGCACCGCCGCUGCUAGCUUUGCACAUCCGUGGCUAGUGGAGAUGGUGGAUCUGGGUGCGCGGGUGAUUGCGGGCGCUGCGGAGGAGUAUGUAGCACGCAACCGCAGGCCGGUACCGCAGGCCUUGCGGGACCAAGCGGCGGCUGAUGCCGCGGCGGUAGCGGCGGUGGAGGCGGCGAGGGCCUCGGCGUCUGGUGCCGCUGCGGCUGCGGCAUGGCCGUUGUCGAGGAAAGGCAAAACCGAAGCCCACAAGUUGGCGAAGGCCGCGAAUGUGUCGUACGAUUCGUACGUACGGGGCGGCAUGGCGGAGCGGCUGUACGACAUUGCGCCAAUUGUACGGAUUACCGAUUUGGGCGUGUACGAAGGCUAUCACAGAGUACGGCGGAGAGAGGCAGGGCCCGAUGGCGGCGACGGUGCUGACGAUGAUGAUGGCGAGGGAGAGGAGGGUUCCGAUGACGAUGGCAUUGAAGACGACUUUUACGAUGACGAUGAUUACAUGUACGGCGGUGGCGGUGGCGGCGGUGGCUACGGCUUUGGUUUCCGUGUGUACAGCCUUUCUGCGAUGAGUCGUCAGCGCCGGCGCGGGCAGUCGUUGCCGGAUUGGGAAAUGGAGAGCAGGCGCGACAAACGGGGACGGGUGCGCGGUCCGCAUGCGGGUUGGCUUGCUGCGCUGGCUCCGCUGCGUGGCUUGAUGGGGGGAGUCAACAUGGCCAAUGUGGAGCUGGGGCCGGGACACAUGAGGGUGCUGCUUGCGUCGUGCCCGGGCGUUGUGGUCAACACCGGUGUCGAUAAUGAGGAGAAGGAGAUGCGCCGGAUCAUGGACGAGAGGAAGGCCGUCAAGUAGUCGUCAAGCUUCACGUUAGCAUGUACGGCUGGAAGGUGGUUCAAAUGAUAGUUUGUGCGGUCCCGGUUGUCUCAGGUACUUAAGAGUGUCUACGGUAGUGGGUAGCGAAGCCUUGGUCUUAUUUAUUACAAUGCGUUGUGAGUUGGUCAAGGCACAUGGGGCGAUAAUGCGUUGUGAGUUGGUCAAGGCACAUGGGGGCGAUAAUGGCGUGCUGGAGCGAGGUAAGGUACGGUACGGUAGAUCAUGCUUUAUGUGAGCCGCAGUGCUGCACCCCAGUACGGCAGUACCUGGAUGUACGGCACCCCAUUAUUGCCCAUGUGGGCGACCUGUUCAUCAUUCCACAUGGGAGGAUAAGGUAGCCAGUUGGGUUGGUCUUCGGUUCAGCAUGGCAAGUGUUGUACCUUGUUGGCGGGGUUGUGAUUGGCCGGACUGAUGAUGAUCUGGCUCUCGUACGGAGUUACGCCCUAUGCAAGGAUGUCGCAGGGAUUCCCAGCAUGUAAGGGCGAUACGUAAAG